UGCCGGGCAAGUGAAGGCUCUCCAAUUAAACUCGUGCGCGGCGGCGUCGUCUACGUUGCGUUGCCUAGGCGGCGGAUCGCCCAGUAAGGAGACCCGAACGAGAGAGGCGGCCAGCUGUAAUCGGCAGCCACGCGGUGGACAUGAUUAUUUCAAAGGAUCUGUUCCUCCUUGGCGACCAGGAUUAUCUGCGCCUUGCCGUCGAGAAGCGCCAGCAACGGGCAAUGGGCCGGUCGAUCAUCAAUGCUCCCAGAGUGGAAAGCUCAGCGCUGCAGUUGGUGUGCCCGCUGGAUUCUCGUCCGGUGCAGCUAAUCUUCCGAGGAUUGCAGGUGGUCAGGGAGAAACGAGCGCUUCUCCGAGAUGUCUCAGGGGUUGUCAAGCCGGGCGAAUUAUUGGCCGUUAUGGGCCCUUCAGGCUGUGGUAAAACAACACUGCUGAACUGUUUGUCCGGCCGCGUUGGCUUGGACGGCGGUGAGAUCUGGCUGAAUCGCGAGAGGCUUACCAAACGGUGGCGCAGGAGAAUCUGCUACGUACAACAGCAGGAUGUUUUUUUCCCCGAUCUCACCCUACGGCAGACGCUCGAGUACCAGGCGAGGCUGAGGCUUCCGGACACGCUCUCGCACUCCCAGAAGAUACAGUGCGUGGACCAUAUCAUCGAGGUCCUCGACCUCGCGGCCUGCCAAGACACCAUUAUCGGAGAUUACACGAAGCGAGGACUUUCCGGUGGUGAGAAGAAGAGGACGAGUAUAGCCUGCGAAUUACUCACGAAUCCAUCGCUAAUGCUGCUCGACGAACCCACGAGCGGGCUCGACUCGCACUCGGCACAGGCAUUGAUCUCGCGGCUGAAGAAGUAUGCCGAGCAGGAGGGCAAGAGCAUCGUGGUGACGGUGCACCAACCAAGUUCCAGGAUGUUCCACAGUUUCAGCAAGCUGCUCCUGCUGAGCCGCGGCCAGGUAGCGUACUACGGCUCGACGGCGAAUAUCGGCAGAUUUUUCUGCACGAUAGGGCUCACGUUGCUGCCGCACUACAACCCCGCAGAUUUCAUUCUGGAGCAAAUCAAGGGACCAGAGGAGGUUCGAGAGCGUAUCGUUGCCGCGGCGAGAGCCGCAAGACAGGGACCCGACUGCCCACCGGAACUUCGUCCGGAGUAUAAUCCCAGCCAACAUCCGCUCUGCGACCAUCUCAUCCAUUAUCACGAGCACCACAUCAGCCACAACGUGAAGGAAGACGAAGGCCGUACGCUAUGGUUGGACACACAAAGCCACGCCAGCAGCAGCGCGAGUUCUGCCGAUGACGACUAUUCCUGGCAGUGGCCCACCAGCUUCUGGUCGCAGUUCAAAGUAUUAACGGAGAGGAACUUUCAAGAAGCACGGCCACGGAUGUUGUCGCGUUUAAAUUGGUUGCAAACGAUAGCACUGGGACUCCUCGCCGGGCUUCUCUGGCUGAGGCUUCCCCGAACAGAAGCGGCCCUCCACGACAUCCAAGGCUGGAUGUUCUUCAGCACCACGUACUGGAUGCUCUUCGCGCAUUUCGGCGCCCUCUCCAGCUUUCCCCCGGAGCGCGAGGUGAUCAACAAGGAGCGCCUGUCAGGAUCCUAUCGGCUCUCGGCCUACUACCUGGCGAAGAUGGUCGGCGAGCUGCCGCUGACGGUAACGCUGCCCGCGGUCUACCAUAUCAUUAGUUACCCGAUGUUAGGCUUCCACAGUCCGGCGGUCUUCGUCACGCUGCUCUUGUUCUUACUGCUCAACACCGUGGUCGCGCAGAGUGUCGGCUUCUUCGUGGGCGCGUGCUGCCUGGACCUGCAGGUGAGCAUUACCGCGUCCGCCCUCUACACACUCGCGACGCAGCUUUUGGGCGGUUACCUGGCGACGGCGGUCCCACCGUGGUUAGCGUGGGCCCGAUACGCGAGUAUGGUGCACUACGCCUAUCAGAACAUGCAGAUUCUGGAGUUCGGCGUCGGCGAACCGAUCACAUGCUCGCAACCGAGUAAAUUCGCCGAGUGCAGAAACGGCACGACGAUACCCGUUUCCGCGAUUCUGGAGAGUCAAGGCGGGGCCAGGGGCUCCGGUCUACCGAUGUGGGCGAACACGGCGGUGCUCCUGGCGUUCCUGAUCGUUUUCCGGACCCUGGGCUACCUCGUACUGCGCUAUUACCGUGUACCAAAAUGAGCGUGCCGCCAGCCACGCAAGUAGCCACGCAAAUUCUCCACACGACUACUUUCGCGCGGAUCUUCAGUUUUACUAUUACUACUACUACUAUUAUUAUUAUUAUUAUUAUUAUUAUUAUUAUUAUUAUUAUUAUUAUUACUGUAAAAUCACCGGUCGUCGUCGUCGUCGUCGCGUGUCUCGCUAUUGCCGGGAAAAAUAAUCGGCCGCGUACGUAUCGACACCGUCCCCUGGGGGAUCCUCUCUCUCUUUCUCGCGUCGUGCGCGCUGUCGAAUGUCUGUAAAGUUUUUCUAUCUAGCUUCGAAAACAGCGGAGAGAGAGAGAGAGAGAGAGAGGGGGUGAAAGAGGGAAUAUAGAGGGGGUGAGAGAGAGAGAGAGAGAGGCGGGGGACGGGUACCACGCGCGAAUGCGAGCAUUCUCGCUUCUCCCAAUAGCGUAUAUCGAGCGACUCGAAACGCGAGACCGUAAGAGACUUGGUGAGAAAAAAAA